CGACGAGUUGUAGCAAGUAAUGGGUUCAGCGUGUGAGCAACCAGAGCAUAGUUGACUACGGUUAUUAUCGCCUAUUACUUGUCAGUCGUAAAAAACCAGAAACUUGGAUAGAAUGCCAACCCAUCUCCAAGCACAUCUGCACGCUCACUCUCUUCGUGAACCAACAGCAUUCUGGUCAGCCGCCGCCAAUGCCAUAACUUGGUACCGCAAGCCGGACCAAAUCUUCCAAAAAACGGCGGAAAAAUGCACGCCUGAACGCGGAGUGAAUUGGCAGUGGUUUGCAGGGAGCGAGUUGAAUACAUGUUACAAUGCACUUGACCGCCAUAUAGAAAGCGGCCAUGGCUCACGACCAGCUUUAAUUUACGAUUCGGCCGUGACUGGUACAAAGAAAACAUAUACGUAUGGAGACUUGUUGGACGAAGUCGAAGUGUUUGCUGCCGUUUUGGAAGGGGCUGGAGUUGGAAAGGGAACGGUCGUAUUGAUUUAUAUGCCCAUGGUGCCUCAAGCUGUCAUUGGCAUGUUGGCUUGUGCAAGGUUGGGCGCAGUGCAUUCCGUUGUCUUUGGCGGAUUUGCAGCUGGAGAACUAGCGAAACGCAUAACAGAUUGCCAACCGGAAGUCAUCCUUACUGCAUCCUGUGGUAUAGAACCAGCAAGGAUCGUUGCUUACCAACCGCUACUUCAAGAAGCGCUCACGCUCACAUCAUAUAAGCCGUCUGCAACGAUCCUUCUCCAGCGACCCGAGUAUCGCGCGGAGCUGGCGGGGAUGUUGGAUUGGGAUGAGGAGGUUUGCAAGGCGCGGAGGGAGGGACGGAGAGCUGGAUGGAAAGUCCUAAAAGGGGAUGAUCCUUUGUAUGUCAUUUAUACGUCAGGGAGUACUGGUGUACCAAAGGGAGUAGUACGAGACAACGCGGGUCAUGCCGUGGCUUUAACCUGGUCCAUGCAAAACGUCUUUGGAGUUUCACCUGGAGAUGUCUUCUUUGCCGCCAGUGACAUAGGAUGGGUUGUUGGCCAUAGCUAUAUUGUCUAUGGUCCAUUACUGCAUGGAUGCACUACUAUCCUUUACGAAGGAAAGCCGGUUGGAACACCUGACGCGGGUGCCUUUUGGCGAAUCGUGAAUGAAUGGAAGGUGAAUGUACUGUUCACUGCGCCAACUGCCGUUAGGGCUAUUAAGAGAGAAGAUCCGACUGGAGCAUUGUUGAAGCGACAUGAUAUUUCCUCUCUCCGGAGCUUGUUCUUGGCAGGCGAACGAUCAGAUCCAGAGACGGUGCGCCACUUUGAAAAAGUCCUUGGCGUCCCAAUUCGCGAUAAUUACUGGCAAACCGAAACUGGAUGGCCGCUUGCAGCUGCGUGCUGUCUCCCCGGAAAGCCAACCCCAACACGGGCAGGGUCAGCAGGCCCAGCCAUACCCGGUUACGACGUCCGUGUCCUUGAUGCCUCGACCAAACAAGAGGUUACUCGCAACACCCUGGGGGCGGUAGUUGUCAAACUACCUCUUCCACCGGGCUGCUUUUCAUCACUGUGGAAGAACCCUGCCGGGUUUUGGAAAUAUCUGGACAAGUUUGACGGGUAUUUCGAUUUGACAGAUGCCGGGUUCAUUGAUGACGAUGGGUACAUAUCCAUCAUGUCCCGCACAGACGAUGUCAUUAACGUAGCUGGACACCGUCUCAGCACUGGGAGCAUGGAAGAAGUGCUGGCGGCACAUCCAGACGUUGCGGAAUGUGCUGUUGUAGGGGUGAAGGACGACAUGAAGGGGCAGGUUCCUGUCGGGUUCGUCGUUCAAAUUGCAAACUCACAUUCGCUGCAUGAGUCUCUACCAAAAGUACUCCAAACCCGUAUCAGAACCUCCCUAGGUCCUAUCGCCUCAUUAAAAGAAAUUUAUAUCGUCCCAAAACUGCCAAAAACACGGUCGGGUAAAAUAUUGAGAAGAUCUUUGAGGGACAUUGUUGAGGGAAGGAAAGUGGUGGUUCCCGCCACCAUCGAAGAUGAGGGGGUGUUAGAUGUCGUGCAAAGACUUGUUAGGCCUAGACUGUGAAAAGCGAUUUUGGGUGUAGGGAAUAGUUUUUUUUUGUUUCAUCUAGGAUUUCUAUCCUGUGUCUAAAUGUGCCUAAAGCUAUCUCGCACAGCCCCAAUGUAUCAUAUUUCCUGCUCCGUAUAGAUUCAAACACCAUCUAUCAAUCUCUAUAUUUUCUUCGCGGCA